AUGGACUUUGAGCUCUUUGAAGAGGUUGAUCCAACAGGUCGGUAUGGGAGAUACAGUGACAAGCUUGGUGUAGGAGCAGUGAAGAAGGUUUAUAGGGCUUUUGAUCAACAAGAAGGUAUAGAGGUGGCUUGGAAUCAGGUUUUCUUGAACCGAUUCACCGAUGACAAGGCCAUGUUACAAAGGUUAAAUUCAGAGGUUCAGUUGCUGAAAAUUUUAGAGAAUGAUAAUAUCAUCAAAUUGUUUAGUGCUUGGAUAGAUGUUGACCGCAUGGCUUUGAAUUUCAUAACUGAGGUGUGCACAUCUGGGAAUUUGAGGGAUUAUAGGAAGAAACACAGGCGUAUUUCAACCAAGGCCUUGAAGAAGUGGUCUAGGCAAAUACUGAGGGGUUUGGAGUAUUUACAUUUGCAUGAGCCAUGCAUAAUUCAUAGGGAUCUUAAUUGCAGCAAUGUGUUUAUCAAUAAUAACACUGGUGAGGUUAAGAUUGGAGAUUUCGGGUUAGCAGCAGCGAUGGAAAAGGAGCAUGUAGCACAUUCAAUUCUUGGGACGCCAGAGUUUAUGGCGCCGGAACUAUAUGAUGAGAAUUAUACAGAGAAGGUGGAUAUAUAUGCUUUUGGGAUGUGUGUGCUUGAGUUGUUGACAAGGGAGAUACCAUAUAGUGAGUGUGAUUGUGUGGCUAAGAUAUAUAAGAAGGUGACCUCAGGUGUGAAACCACAGGCAAUGAGCAAGGUGAAAGAUUUGGAGAUCAAGGGGUUCAUUGAGAAGUGCCUGGCCCCAGUGUCUGAGAGACCAUCUGCCACUGAGCUCCUCCAAGAUUCAUUCUUUGAUGGACUUGAUGAUGAUGAUAAUGAUGAAAACUAUGGUACUAGUUUAUAUAUUGCUACUUCAGAAAUAUGUGAUUAA